CGCGUCACGUGACGGCCCCGUGACUGCACGCGGAAGUAGGGAUUUCAGCAGUGACAACACGAACAGGGCUAAACGCAAACACAGACUCCCCUUGUUUAAUUCACUCACAUCUUGACCCAGCCUCCUAUCAGCACAGACAUGGACGCUUCUGUCAGAGCAUCUCCCGACGCCGCAUCCGGACCGCCGCCAUAUUCAAGACAGAAUGAGAGCUCCCUGGUGUCAGCCCUCAAGACGCUGCUGUUCUUCACCAUCCUCAUGGUCACGUUACCCAUCGGACUGUACUUCGCAACAAAGGCGUUCAUCUUCGAGGGUUCAUUUAAGAUGUCAAGCUCUGACAGCUACUUCUACGCAGCCAUUGUUGCUGUGCUCGCUGUGCAUGUGGUGUUGGCUUUGUUUGUUUAUGUGGCCUGGAAUGAAGGCACACCUAAAGGGAAGGGCAAACACGAUUAAAGGCAUGUCCUCAUGAGCUAGUAAGACCGGAGGAGACGGAUAGACGUGGAAAUUCACAGCCCCCCGUCCUCCCUCUCCCCUCCUGCACUCUGGGCUCCAGCACCAAACAUGACAACAUCCACCAGCCUGACAGUCGGGGCUCAGGUUUGAGCUCAGGCUUUAACCUGAGGUUAAAGCACCAAUCUACUGUGUAUUCCCAGGCGCAAGGAAGUGGAGGCUGUUGGUUAUGUGUUUAUUUUCUUCCCAGCAGCCUCGUUAGUUCUGCUUUUUGUUCAAUGAAACGUUACUUUUGUUGACAGAGGACAGCCCAUAUUUUUAAAAGAGGUUUUCUUAUAAGCUGCCAUUUGGAUACGUGCUGUAAAGAGUUGGUCAUGUUGGAGAACAUCUUGGGCUUCUGAUCUUACAUGUACACACACACACACACACGUACACAUACACUCAUUAUGUACUUGUAAUGUGUAUGUAUGAGGGAUUUGAUUCCACAAAACUCCAGAACAUCCAUUCUGUGAGAAUUUGUGCUACUGAAUAAAUCAGUCUGUCCUCGAAUUUCAGUUCUGAUCUGCAUCCAUUUAAAGACGACUCUUAACUUCAACGUAAUCCCAUUGAGCUUAAAUUUCAUGCUGUAUUUUGGAACAAACUCUUCAUGAUGUCUUGUCCUUAAAAUAAUCUGAUUCAUCUGUCCUCAUAAAAGUGUUUGUUGUUUUCUCUUUUAAUGUUUGUACUGUAGUGAAAUGAUAUUUUUGGAACUUUGAAUUGGGAAUUUAUUGCAAGAUCAGACUAUUUAAAUGAAUGUUUUGUAUUGAAGAUGUUUGAGGGUCUAGAUGUCAAAGAAGUCAGUGUGAUUGGGAUGAGAAUAUCACUUAAAUAAAUGUGAAAAAAUAAUUGUAAUAUUUUUGUUUAACAUAUUUUCAAAAGCUUCCUCCUGUUGGUGUUUCAUUAAAGCAAAAUGCAAAUUA